AUGCGGAGUGACGUCCGUUUGCGUUUUCCUGCGUCUGGCUUGUCCAAUCAGCUUUCUCCAAUUUCUCUCGCGGUCCUUGUUCAAAACAUAGAACCGACCGCUGAACUGUUUGCCUGCAGCAACGUUGUAGAUGUAAUAAUCUGCAAAAGAGACAAAAGGACGAUAGGAAGCGGUGUUUUAAUUUCAACAAUGGCAGAAGGAGGAAAUGUUGAAUGGGAGCUAAGCAAAGAAAACAUACAGCCACUGCGGAGGGGCAGAGACAUAUCAGCCUUACAUCAGGCGCUCAGUCAACAACAGGACGGACUCAGCUCUGCCCUCAACCAGCAAAGACAAGCCUUUGAGUCAGAACUGCGAAUGUAUGACGGAGAUGAUCCACUGGAUGUUUGGGAUCGGUAUAUUAAGUGGACUGAGCAAACCUUCCCUCAGGGAGGAAAGGAGAGCAACCUCGCUAAACUGUUGGAACGAGUUGUGACCAAGUUCACAGAGGAAAAGAAAUAUCACAACGACCCUCGUUAUGUUGACCAUUGGAUCAAAUUUGCAGAGAACUGCCCAGAGCCCUUGGACAAUUACAGGUACAUGCAAACGCAGGGAAUAGGAGUAACACAGGCAUCCUUCUACAUCGCUUGGUCUGAGGAGUAUGAGAACCGGGGCAACUGUCGCAAAGCAGACCUAGUUUAUCAGGAAGGAUUCAAGAAUUGCGCUGAGCCGCAUGAUAAGCUCCUGCAGUUUCACAAGGCUUUGCAGGCACGUGUGUCCCGACAGGUAAUGAUGAAUGUGGAGGAGGACGAUAGUGAUGAUGAGCCUAAACAACAUGAGAGAGUUUCUCUAGCCAACCUCAAAUAUAGGGGGAAGAAAAAGGCCAUUGCCCCCAUCAACAGAUCUGGGACUGCAAUCAGAAGUAUUUCUGGAGGCCUGCAGUCACACACUGCCCCUGUCCUCAGUAAUGCUUCAAACAGUCAAUUGGUGAUCUUUGAUGAGAACAAGGCUCAAAGUGCUGGCCCUUCAGAGCCUAAGAUGGAGUCUUGGAUGGCCCCUCCCACUUCCAGGGCAAAGGAGAAUGAGCGGAGGCUUGAAAAAUGGUGUGAUGUCAAGAUGCCACAGAAGUCCAAGUUUGGACAUACCGUUAUGGCCCCACCGCCUCCCAAACCCACCUUCCAACCAUUUGUUGAGGAGUCAGACCAGCCUCCAGUGAUGACUCCAUGUAAAAUCAACUCAGCUGUGAACACCGUUUUAUCAUCACGUAAGCCCUGCAGAGAGGAAACUCCACUAAAGAGACUACAGGAACACCAUCAGCAACAAAAGGAAGCAGACUCAGGAAAACUACAGGAGCAGAGCAUGUACUGUAAAGAACUGCUGUUCAGCGGCGCCACUGAGUUCUGCUUUGAGGAACUGCGUGCGGAGCGCUUCUUCAAAAAAAUGGCACAAGAAUCACAGGAAGUCAGAGGUGAAAAGGCUUAAGCUAGUUCCAGUACUUCAAACUGAUGCAUCUAAGAAGUCUGACAGUUUUUUGUUGUAUUUUUACCUGCAUUUAGACAAGAUAUUAUCUGCAAGUAUCAUGUAGUUACUGUAUUGCUUUUAUCCUGCUGUAAAUAUUUUAUUCAUAGAGUUUUCCCGAAAGGUAAAAAGACAAAAAAGGGGUAAAGCUUUUUGGAAACCCUUUGAACUGAAGACACAGUAAUUUAAUAGUUGUAUUGGAUUUGUUAAAAUACAGUGAGUGGACCAAAUAAUGGGAACACCUGUACAAUGUAAUUUAAUCUGGUACAAAAUUCUACAAACUGCAAAACUGACAAUAGCAUGAAAUAAAAAUCCACACAUCAACAAAGAAUAUAAACUACAUGGGCUUCAUGGUACCAUUUAAAGGGCUACUGGAAUGUAUUGUUUGUUAUAUCAACUCCUUGUAAAUAGUAAACACGUUUGUCUACCACAGCUAAAGUCUGCCACAGAAAUACUAUUUCAUUCUUGGUCCAUUUAUCCAUAUUCUUAACUGCACUGUUCUUGAGAACUGUGUUUGUUUGUGUGCUGCCUUUGAUUUGUCUUGAUAGAGAUACAGAUAUUUCAAUACAUUUCCAACAAAGUCUAAAGAUUACUGCAGUGAGGUGACUCCACUGCGUUUUAUGUCUCAGUCUGAGUGAAGUGUGUCUUUGAUGUUCAAUAAACUUGUUAAAAUGUUGGGCUGA